CUCUAAGAAAAAAUAUCUCGAGCAAAACUUGUUUCUAGCCAAAUUGCUUUAUAACUACCAAUAUAACAUAACCCAUCCUCAUCUCGUUUUCAGUAGAGUCUACCAAUCUACAGUGUCAUUGGUGUCACUUAUUUCUCGUGUUCAAGCAAGCAGCUUCCCGCCAAAAGAUAUAAUAAAAACCACAAUUUUAUAAUAAUUUCGUAAAAUAUUGUGUGUGAUUAAUGGUGUAACUGUGCUUUCACGCAAAAAAUUCAUUAUAGCGGUACGGAAUUAAACAUUAACUAUGUGGUACGAUUCAGCUGAUAACAGUGCUGCUGGCGGCUUUCUGAACAAUACCGCUAAUGAAACAGAUACUCCAAAGAAAUCCGGCCCCAAGAAGAGCCAGAGUGUAAUGCCUCUGGUAGUUCGACAAAUUGAAAACUGUUAUGACGAGGAGUUCAGCUUAUUUGGUAUCAAAGCCUCUAUUCUGGUGCUUGUGGGGAUACUUAGGGACUAUGAAGUGCAGUCAACCAAGGCAACCUAUAGUAUCCAAGACCAUACAGGUACCAUUAAAGCAGUCUGGUGGCUUGAAAAUGAUGCUGACACUACCCCUAACCUACCUGCGGUCAAAGAGGGAUCUUAUGUUCAGGUAUUUGGUUCUUUAAGAAAGAAAGAGGAAGGUACGGAUGAGAACAUCAUAAUGGUCUUGAGGAUGUUCCCAGUCGAUGAUGCCAAUAUUGUCUACAAUCAUUUACUGCAGGUGAUUCAUAGUAGGCUUGAGGCUGAACACAUGUCCAAGAAUAAGGAAGUGAUGAUAAAGACCAACAAUCCGGGCGCCGCUCUGGCUAACUCCAUGACUUUCUAUGAUGAUAACAUGGAUGGCACUGGUGGCGGAUCUAACAACAUGGGCAUGACCCCUAUUCAACACAAAGUAUUUACUCUGCUGAAACAGGACAUGUCACACAACGGUUUGCACAGAGACGAGAUCAUGAAACAUUUCCCGCCAAAUCAGAGGGCAAAAGUGAAUGACGCCUUACAAUUCCUGAACAAUGAGGGACAUGUUUACUCCACAGUCAACAAUGAUACUUUCAAAGCUACUGAUUUGGUUUGAUUUUUCAUUAUAUACGUGAAUGAAUUUUGAUAUGUAUGUGAACUUAGUUUUAAGGUUAAUAUAUGAGUACAAGUUUUCCAAUAAAAUA